AUGGAGUCUGAUUUCAAGGCUGUAGUGCAACCACAAAGAAGGCUAAACCUAAAUAUGAAGGAAGUGGUGAAGGCUGAAGUGAUCAAGCUACUUGAUGCCGGAAUGAUAUAUCCCAUCUCAGAUAGUCCUUGGGUAAAUCUGGUACAAGUCGUUCCAAAGAAAAGAGGAAUGACUGUAGUGCCCAAUGAGAAAAAUGAGUUGGUGCCCACUAGGACUGUCACUAGAUGGAGGGUUUAUAUUAAUUACCGGAAAUUAAAUGAUGCAACAAGGAAAGACCACUUCCCUCUCCAAUUCAUUGACCAAAUGCUGGAGCGUCUUUUGGGCCAUAUGUUUUACUGUUUCUUGGAUGGGCUCUCAGGAUAUUUCGAAAUCCCAAUAGCACCGGAAGAUCAAGAGAAAACUACCUUCACAUGCCCAUAUGGAACAUUUGCCAACCGUCAGAUGCCGUUCAGAUUGUGCAAUGCACCAACAACUUUUCAGUUAUGCAUGAUGGUUAUUUUUAAUGAGAUGAACUAUCCAUUUGAGUUGAUGUGCGACGCAAGCGAGUAUGUUGUGGGAGCUGUACUUGGCCAGAGAAAAGACAAGCAUUUUCAUCCCAUUUAUUAUGCCAGCAAGACUCUAACAAUUGCUCAAGAGAAUUACACUAUAACAGAAAAAGAAUUAUUGGCUGUGAUGUUUGCGUUUAAUAAAUUUCGUCAAUAUUUAAUUCUUUCUAAAGUUAUAGUAUAUACUGAUCAUUCUGCAUUACGUUAUUUGCUAACCAAAACGGAAGCAAAGCCUAGAUUAAUGAGAAAUCCCAGCAUGGAGGAACUAGAUGAGAUGAGCAUUAAUGACAAAUUCCCAGAAGAACACUUGUAUAAUGUGGACCCAUAUCUUUUUCGAAUUUGUGCAGACCAGGUUAUUAGAAGGGGUGUGUCACAUUCUGAAGGAUGGAAUAUUUUAGGACAUUGUCACACUAGCCCUGCUGAAGGUCAUCAUUCUAGAAGUAGGACGACUAAAAAGGAGCUAGAAUCCAGAUUUUACUGGCCUUCUAUUUUUAGGGAUGCUCACAGGAUAGAUUUUAUGGGACCUUUUCCUAGUUCAAAAGGGAAUACAUACAUUUUAGUGACUAUUGAUUAUUUGUCCAAAUGGGUUGAGGUACAAGCUUUACCUACUAAUGAUGCAAGAGUAGUCACUAGGUUCCUUAAAAAGUUGUUUUCACGAUUUGACACCCCAAGAGCUUUAAUUAGUGAUAGGGGUACACAUUUUUGCAAUACACAACUUGAAAAAGUUCUGAAUAAAUAUGGAGUCACCCAUGGAAUUGCUACCCCAUAUCACCCUCAAACAAGUGAUCAAGUUGAAGUAGCUAAUAGGGAGUUGAAAAGGGUGUUAGAAAAAAUAGUAGAGAAGAAUAGGAGGGACUGA